AUGAAGACACUACUGACCAUGACCGUCCUAGCUGUGGGAUCCCUAGCCGCUCACACUGCUGAGGACACGUCUGGUCUCCUUCAAAAUGUGAAAUUCCAGUCCAGCAACUUUGAAAACAUCUUGAUAUGGGAGGGUGGACCCAACAGCACCCUGGACACGGUCUACAGCGUGGACUAUAAGAGGUACGGAGACAGAGAGUGGCUGGCCAAGGCAGGCUGCCAACGGAUCACCCGGAAGUCCUGCAACCUAACUCUGGAGACGGGCAACCUCACCGAACUUUACUAUGCCCAGGUCACAGCUGUGAGCCCAGGAAGUCAAGGAAAGAAGAAAAGUGGCCGCUUCAGCUCACUGCAACACACCACCAUCAGACCACCAGACGUGACCUGUAUCCCCAAAGUGAGGUCCAUUCAGAUGCUGAUCCACCCCACCUUCACGCCCAUUCUCUCGGAAGAUGGUCACCGGCUAACCCUGGAGGAGAUUUUCCACGACCUGUUCUACCGCUUAGAACUCCGUGUCAACCACACCUACCAAAUGCACCUUGAAGGCAAACAGAGAGAAUAUGAGUUCCUUGGCCUGACUCCCGACACAGAGUUCCUCGGGUCCAUCACAAUUUUGGCUCCCAUGUGGUCCAAGAGAAGCGCCCCCUACGUGUGUCAAGUGAAGACAUUGCCUGACCGGACGUGGGCCUACUCCUUCUCCGGUGCCGUGCUGUUCUCCAUGGGUUUCCUCGUCGGCUUGCUCUGCUAUCUAGGCUACAGAUAUGUCACCAAGCCACCAGUGCCUCCUAACUCCCUGAACGUCCAGCGUGUCCUGACCUUCCAGCCCCUACGAUUCAUCCAGGAGCACGUGCUGAUCCCUGUCUUGGACCUCCGAGGCCCGAGCAGUGUCGCUCAACCCAUCCAGUACUCUCAAGUGUUGAUCCCCGGGCCCAGGGAGCCACCUGGAGCUACACAGCGCCACAGCCUGCCCGAGGUCACCUACAUAGGGCAGUCAGAUGCCUCCAUCCUCCGGCCCACCAACAUGCCACCUCAGCAGACAUUGUCCCCGCCGUCCUAUGCCCCAAAGGCUGUCACUGAGGUCCAGACCCCUUCCUAUGCACCUCAGAUAGCCUCUGACGCCAAAACUCUGGUCUACUCGCCACAGCAGCUGAUGAAGACCCAACCUUCCACCUAUAACGCGCAGGACCUUCUGGAUAGCUGGGCUGCUUCCUAUGCUGUGUGUGGUGAAGACACUGACCAAGACUCCACUCCUGAGGUCAUCCCCAGUCCCAAACACCUCAAGUCCAAAAGUCAGCUCCACGAAGACACACUUGCUGAAAGUUGUCUCCCAGGGGACCUUUCUCUGCAGGGAGUCACCUCCUUGGCUGACAAGGAGGUAAAAAGACCAAAAUCACUCCCCCCACCUCUGGGGUUUUGCACAGGCAGAGGGCCUGACUUUAAGGCACUGCACAGUGGUGAACCAGAAACACCAGGGUACCUGAAGGGGGCAUUAUCCCUCCUGUCCUCAGUCCAGAUCGAGGGCCACCCUGUCUCCCUCCCUUUGCACACCCAUUCCCUCUCAUGUUCCCCCUCUGACCAGGAACCAAGUCCCUGGGGCCUGCUGGACUCCCUCGUGUGUCCCAAGGACGAAGGUCUGGAGGCCGAGACUGAACCCAGUGCUGCGGCGUCUGAGCUGGAGCAGCCCACAGAACUGGACUCUCUUUUCAAAGGCUUGGCCCUGACUGUGCAAUGGGAAUCCUGA